AGUCCCAGCAGAGAGAGGGAGGAGGAGGAGGGGGGAAGGAGGAGGAGGAGGAGGAGGAGGAUAGGUUGAAGAUACAACAGAUAACAGAUAAGCAGGUGAGCUCCUCCUUUGGACUGGGACACUGAGCAGAGAAGAGCUGGACAUGGCAACGUACAGGCCGCGGGUGAUCUCCCUGACCAAGAGGGCGGGCCAUUCAUUUGGCUUCUACUUGAGGGUGGAGCAUGGUGAGGAGGGUCACCUGAUCCGCUGCCUGGAAAUGGGAGGUCCAGCUGAACUGGCCGGCAUGAAAGAUGGAGACCGCAUCCUGCGGGUCAAUGGAACAUUUGUUGAUGGACUGGCCCAUUCAGAGGUGGUGGACACUGUGAGAAACAGUGGAGCAACAGUCACGUUCCACAUCCUGGAUGAAGCUUCCUACAAGCAAGCCAAAGCACAGGGAGUGAACCUGUCCAACCCUCAGAGCGCACCUGUUGUUAAUGGCGUGGCCAAACACACUCUGAAACCCAAACUGUGCUACCUGGUGAAGUCCAGCUCGACCUAUGGGUUUUCUCUUCGCUCAGUCAAAGGUACGCCAGGCCUGUUCAUGACAGAGGUGAUCCCAGGAGCCGUGGCCCACAGGGCCGGGGUCAAAGUCAGCGACCGCCUGCUGGAGCUCAACGGGGAGAACGUGGAAGACUCUACACAUGAUCAGGUGGUGGACAAGCUCAGGCAGGCGGGCGGCAGCAUAAUGUUCCUGCUGGUUGAUGAGGAGACGGAUGAGUACUACAAGAACAAGCGCAUAAAGAUCGGAGCGUGGCUGGCCACAACCAAGUAUCUCCCACAUCAGCCACGCAACAUCGAGAUGAUCAAAGGAUCGGAUGGCUAUGGCUUCCUGCUCAAGGAGGAGCCCAACCAAACAGGACACUUCAUCAGGGAUAUAGACAGAGGCAGCCCAGCAGAACGAGCAGGUAUGAAGGACAUGGACAGACUCGUGGCUGUUGAUGGGAAGGAGGUGGACGGUUUGAGCCAUGAGCAGGUGGUGGACAGAAUCAAGAAGAGUGGCAACCACUGCUGCCUCCUAGUUGUGGACAAAGAAACAGACCAAAUGUACAAGCUGGGAAAAGUGUCUCCUAUGCUUUUCUGCGAGGAGAUGGAUUCCAGUUCACCGCCCAGUUACACAGAGGCCGUCAAUUUACCAGCCCCUGGCCGACCUUCCACCCCUGCUCAGGAGAGGACGGAGCUGCUUAAGCCAAAACUGUGUAAGAUGGAGAAGACCUCAGCUGGCUACGGCUUCCACCUAAAUGGCAUCCAGGGGAUAUGUGGACAGUACAUCAAGGACGUGGUGACGGGUGGAGCGGCGGACAGGGCAGGUCUGGAGGAUGACGACAUUGUGGUGGAGGUGAACGGAGUAAAUGUGGAGCGGAGCAGCCACGAGGAGGUGGUGGAAAUUAUUCGAAACAGUGGCAGCUCUCUGGAGAUGCUGGUGGCCAGAAAGUCCGUUUACAGCCACUUCACCGACAAAGGAGUGACCAUCACACGCCAGCUCCUCGGGGAGACAUCUUAUGCUCAGGUCCACUCUGAAGAGAGGCCAGAGACCAGCAAAGAGGAGAGACACGAGGAGACACAUGAAGAGCAGGCAAGACCUGAAACCCCCACCGAACCAGCGAGAGAGAGGACCUCAUCAUCCUCAUCUGAAGAAAGUAUCGAUGAGAGACUCUAGGGAGGCACCGGAGGAGCUCUUGUCUGAUACGACCUACAUCCAUCUUAUGUUGAUCCAUCUUUCUUUUUUCUUCUUUUUUUUUUAACAAUCAGCUGUAAGGACUUCAUACAUCCAAUUACUUUUAAAGGAGACAAAGAGAACAGAACAGACCAAAGGAAAGACUUUUGAAAUUUACUGCCAAUAUGUCAAUCAUAGCUGAACAGUACCACGUGAAAGAGCGCUGAGAACAAAACAUGUUUAUGAAUGCAUUUGUUGUCAUUUGAUGUGAGAAUCAUGAAUGAACCUCUGCAAUGAUCUGUCCAAAUCCUGAGAUUACCAAUGUAAUGUGUUCAAUAUAAAAGCUAAUCUGCGGAACCUAAGCUAAGCUUAGCUUUUAAUGUUACCAGUGAAUAAUGUAGAGUUCCAUAUAUUUUCCUCUAUGCAAAGACUGCUGCCUUAUUUAAUGCUCUAAAAAUUAACUGUUAUUCCCAUUUCUGAAAUGAAACACAAAUAAAUGAACACAUACUAUCCAAGUAAAA